GGGCGGCGGCCGGCUUGCGUGGCAGGCGCUCCGGCUGUGCUCGGCCUCCCUUCCCGGGAGGCGGGGUCGGCGCCGUGGCGGCGGCUGCGGAGCCAGGCCCCCUCCUCCUUCCCGGCCGGCCUCUUUGCUCGCCGCCUCACGCUCCGGGCCGCUCCGACGCCGCCGCGUCCGCGUGCUGCCAGCGCUGCCCCCGCGGGAGCCGGAGCCAGUGUCCCGGGCCGUGCGCUCCACUCGCCCCGCUCGCCCAUCCCGCCGCCACCACCGCCGCCAUGCCCUCGGCCAAACAAAGGGGCUCCAAGGGCGGCCACGGCGCCGCCAGCCCCUCGGACAAGGGCGCCCACCCGUCGGGCGGUGCGGAUGACGUGGCGAAGAAGCCGCCGGCGGCGCCGCAGCAGCCGCAGCCUCCGGCGCCGCACCCGGCGCAGCAGCACCCGCAGAAUCAGGCGCACCGGGGCGGCCACCGCGGCCGGUCCUCGGCCGCCUCCUCCACCGCCGCCGCCGCGUCCUCGGCGUCCUGCUCGCGCAGGCUUGGCCGGCUUCUCAACUUUCUCUUCUACCUCGCCCUGGUGGCGGCGGCCGCCUUCUCUGGUUGGUGUGUCCAUCAUGUCUUGGAGGAGGUCCAGCAGGUCCGGCGCGGCCACCAGGACUUCUCCCGUGAGAGGGACGAGCUGGGCCAGAGCCUGCAGGGCGUCGAGCAGAAGGUACAGUCUCUGCAAGCCACGUUUGGGACUUUUGAGUCCAUCCUGAGGAGCUCGCAGCACAAACAGGACCUCACAGAGAAAGCCGUGAAGGAAGGGGAGAGUGAGAUCAACCGUAUCAGCGAGGUCCUGCAGAAGCUGCAGAACGAGAUUCUCAAAGACCUGUCGGACGGAAUCCACGUGGUCAAGGACGCCCGAGAGCGCGACUUCACAUCCUUGGAGAACACGGUCGAGGAGCGCCUGACGGAGCUCACCAAGUCCAUCAAUGACAACAUCGCCAUCUUCACCGACGUGCAGAAGAGGGGCCAGAAGGAAAUAAAUGACGUCAAGAUGAAAGUUGCCUCCCUGGAGGAGUCUAAGGGCGAGCGCACUCAGGACCUGAAAAUUCUGGAGAAAGCCCUGAAGGAGGUACAGGCCUCUGUGAAGUCCAGGGAGAGGGACAUUGAAGCCCUGCAGAGUUCCCUUCGGACCAUGGAGUCUGAUGUCUACACAGAGGUCCGGGAGCUAGUGAGCCUCAAGCAGGAACAACAGGCGUUCAAGCAGGCGGCUGACUCAGAACGCCUGGCUUUGGAGGCCCUUACAGAGAAGCUUCUGCGGUCUGAAGAGUCCUCCUCGCGCCUCCCAGAGGACAUCAGGAGACUGGAAGGGGAGCUGCAGCAGCUGAAGGCCCAGGCCCAUGGGGCAGAGGAGGCCAUCGUCUUUAAAGACUCCAAAGCGGUGGAUGAACUCCAGAGGCAGAUUGAGGGCCUAGGUGCCAGGCUCCAGUAUGUGGAGGACGGUGUGUACUCUAUGCAGGUGGCUUCUGCACGCCACACCGAGAGUCUGGAGUCGCUCCUGUCCAAGAGCCAGGAGUAUGAGCAGCGUCUGGCUAUGCUGCAGGAGCAGCUGGAAAGCCUGGGGUCCUCCUCCGAUCUGGCUAGUACAGUGAGGAGCCUGGGGGAGGCCCAGCUGACCAUGGCCAGAGAUGUGAAGGAGCUGCAGCACAGCGUGGGCGAACUCCCCAGCACUGUGGAGUCUCUGCGAGAACAGGUGCACUCCCUGCUCAGCCAGGACCAAGCCCAGGCCACGCCUCCCCAGGACUUCCUAGACAGGCUUUCCUCCCUGGACAGCCUGAAAUCCUCUGUGAGCCAAGUGGAGUCGGACUUGAAAAUGCUCAGGACUGCCGUGGACAGUUUGGUUGCCUACUCUGUCAAAAUCGAAAGAAAUGAGAACAACUUGGAGUCGGCCAAGGGUUUGCUGGAUGACCUGAGGAAUGACCUCGAUAGGCUGUUUGUGAAAGUUGAAAAGAUUCAUGAAAAGAUCUAGAUAAACUAACUGCGUGUGCAGGGCACAGAUUUAUAGUCCGGUUUCUUACGACCAAAAACAAAACGAAAAACGAUUGUUUCCUCCCAGGCGCUCUCCCACCAGCCUGUUGCCCCCUCCCCCACGGGAAGCAGUAGACACGUGUUCUGUGCCCGGUUAAUUUAUGUGCAGUUAUUGCCAUUCACUCACCUUUGGUUCCUGAAAUCCUGUUUCUGCUUUUGGUUUGGCUUCCUAAAGGCCCAGCCCUGUGCAGAACUGGUGACUUUUAGGGGGAAUGUGUCUACUGUUAGGGAGAGGACAAUGGCUUUAACUGGGGAUUAACAGGGAACAGAUUAACCUAAAAAGAAAAAAGAAAAAAAAGAAAUCCUGUCUGGCUGACUGAUUUAUAAUAAAACACAGCAACAACAAAAAUGGGGAGGGGGGCAGGCAUUUUUCUUUAAGGAAAAUUAAUUUUACGUGUUUUUUUAAUACGCUCGGCCAGAUUUUUUAUGUCUCUUGUCUUCCACUUAGAAGUGAUAAAAACCAGCCGGGCGGUGGUGGCGCACGCCUGUAAUCCCAGCUCUCGGGAGGCAGAGGCAGGCGGAUCUCUGUGAGUUCGAGGCCAACCUGGUCUACAAGAGCUAGUUCCAGGACAGGCUCCAAAGCCACAGAGAAACCCUGUCUCGAAAAUAAAAAAAUAAAUAAAAAAAAAAAAAAGAAGUGAUAAAAACUCACAGAUGUGAGCUCUGAAGGCAAGGAGGAGAAAGCCCCCAGAGCCUUCUGCUUGAGGGUCACUCUCAGAGGUGCGGUCCCUUUCCAAUCCUGAUUCUAGCCAUAGCAAAGUAACUAUGCAAACUCAGAAGGUUCCGAACAUGAGAAACAGCACCCUGAGGCCCAGGGCCCUUCUGUUCCUGGUGACCCACCUGCGUCAGCACGUUGGGAGGGGUAACCAGGUGAGUUUGGAGUCCUAGAGGAGACACCUUUGUGUUGUGAUGUCUGAGCUGUACUUUCUCCGUGGGAGAUGGGGGCCAGAUCCUUUAUUUCAUCACAGUAUUACUGAAGAGGUCUCCGUCGCCUGACCCCAUCUGUCAGUGAGGAUCACGUCUGUUGCAUCUCUGUCAUUUUUCUUGGCGGUACCCUUGCCCCUUGGGCUGUUUUGUCUCUGGCUGCCUUGCCCUUCCCAUCCUCCCACCCCACCCCCCCCAGAAAAAAAGGAAAGAAAAAAAUUUAAAAAAAAAGAAAAAGCUGUAAAGAAAAACAAGGUUUGUUAGUUUACUGUGAAAUGAACUGUACGGCUUAUUUACAGUAUUUUUAAUUCUUAAUAAACCCUUGAGCUUUGU